UGCUGGUGCUUCGGGGUAGGAAGGCGGCGGCGGGGGCGCGAUGCUGGGCAGCCCGGCAGCCGCUGAGAGACUGAACCAGGAACUGGCCCGGCGGGGCAGCCGCCCCUGCUGCUGCUGAAGGGGGAGCGGCCGCGCCGGCUCCGGAGACGCGAACUUCGCGCCCCCGACCCCAUGGAGACGCUCAGCGCCGUGAAGGCCAAAGUGGGGGCGAAAAGCGCCGGCGGCUGCGAGGCGGCGGGGACGGGCGAGUCCCAGCCCGCCCCUUCCUCCAGCCCCGCGGGCUCCGGCUCCCCGGCGCCGCCCGAGCCCCACGCCUGCAAGCUGGAGGAUUUGGAGACCCUGGCGACUGUGGGCACAGGUACUUUUGGGCGGGUUCAUCUGGUGAAAGAAAAAAUGGCCAAACGUUACUUUGCCCUGAAAGUAAUGAGCAUUCCAGAUGUCAUUCGGCUAAAACAAGAACAGCAUGUACACAAUGAGAAGUCAGUCUUGAAAGAGGUCAAUCACCCAUUUCUGAUCAGAUUAUUUUGGACCUACCACGAUGAACGCUUUUUAUACAUGUUAAUGGAAUAUGUACCUGGAGGAGAACUUUUUAGUUAUCUGCGCAACAUGGGGCGUUUCAACAACAGCACAGGACUGUUUUACUCUGCGGAGAUUAUUUGUGCAAUAGAAUAUUUGCACUCCAAAGAAAUCGUUUACAGAGACUUAAAACCUGAAAAUAUAUUGUUAGAUAAAGAAGGGCAUAUCAAGCUUACAGAUUUUGGAUUUGCUAAAAAGCUGGUGGAUAGAACAUGGACGCUGUGUGGCACACCAGAAUACCUUGCGCCAGAAGUGAUACAGAGUAAGGGUCAUGGAAGAGCUGUGGACUGGUGGGCUCUAGGAAUUUUGAUAUUUGAGAUGCUGUCAGGGUUUCCUCCAUUUUUUGAUGACAACCCAUUUGGUAUAUAUCAGAAGAUUCUUGCUGGCAAAAUAGAUUUCCCCAGACAUUUGGAUUUGUAUGUGAAGGACCUUAUUAAAAAGCUUCUAGUGGUUGACAGGACAAGGCGAUUGGGAAAUAUGAAGAAUGGAGCAGAUGAUGUGAAACGGCAUCGGUGGUUCAGGUCUAUAGAUUGGGAUGCUGUACCUCAAAGAAAACUAAAGCCUCCUAUAGUGCCGAAGGUAUCCAAUGAUGGAGAUACAUCUAAUUUUGAAGCUUAUCCUGAAGAUGACUGGAACAAAACCCCUCCUGUAGCCCCUAAAGAUCUAGAAAUUUUCCAGAACUUCUGAGGGCGGACAACCAAAUUCGGCAAGUUUCAUGUUGGAAACUGGAAGAAGAUUGAAGUGGUAUUCGCAAGUUUGCAAGGAAGAACUGAGAACAUACAUGAAGACAUUCUUUCACAUGUAGGAGAGUGUUAUCACAUUCAUAUGUGCACAUUAGUAGAUAAAUAUUUAAACAAUUGGCAGGCAAGAGAGACUCAUUUUAACUGUAUGGAAUUGGCAUUAGUUUAGGAUAUUAUGAUACUGAAAGUCUACUCUGAAGUAGACUCAUAAAUUCUAUCUUGUAGUUUUUUAACUUGUUUUAGUGUUAGUUUCCUGCUAUGCCCAGAUCCUUUUUGCAUAGUUAAUGCAUAGACUUAAUUUUAUAAGUUUAUACUAAACUUGUGUAAUUAAAAGCACAAAUUAGUAUAUAUGUAUAUAAUGAGUACAUACAACUAAAGCACAGGAACUGUGCAAAGAUGUAAAUUUUUGUACUUUGCAGAGUCUGAUUUUUAUUUUUCAAAUGUUUUUCAAGAAGUUCUCUGAGGGAAAAUCGCAAAAGGAUAAAUGAGUUUUUCAUCAUCUUAUAUGCAUUUUAUAAUUCUUUGUAAAAAAUAAAAAUAAUUAAGUUUAAAAAUGUGUACCUAAAACUUCCAGUGCUUCACAUUUGCAACCAUAAUACUUGAAAGCAGAAAGAAAAAGAACAUGUUUUGUUCAUUUAAAAAGCAUCUUAACACCUUCAUAAGUAACUUUGGUU